AUACAGAGAGUUGGUGUGGCUAAUGUGCAAUUUUGUAUGAAUCGACUUAGCUCCGCGUCGAAACGCUUUCUCGUACACAGAGUUGGUGUGUCUAUUUCCCACUCCAUCAGAUCCGCCGGGAACCGCCGACGCCGAGUCAGUCUGAAAUUCCCCACGUGGUCUUCGGUAAAACAGAAUAAUCACGUUAGCCGGGCCCUAAGCACUUCAUACUUCACCCAUUCCUACCAGGACUGAGCCAACAACCACUGCCUACCAUCCGACAGACAACUAAACUCAGGUUUUGAACGCGUCAUUGAAGUCUCAAUUGGUUUUUGCAUCGAACCUCAAAGUCUAUUUGGAGAAGCUCAAUCUGAUUUUUGGUUGGAACAAAUGGGGCUUCUCAGCAUUAUUCGAAAGAAAAAGAAGGAAAAAGAAAUACGUAUACUCAUGGUUGGGCUUGACAAUUCCGGCAAGACAACCAUUGUGCUGAGAAUUAAUGGAGAGGACACCAGUGUUGUCAGUCCCACACUCGGCUUCAACAUCAAGACCAUCAUUUACCAAAAGUAUACCCUCAAUAUAUGGGAUGUCGGGGGCCAGAAAACAAUAAGAUCGUACUGGAGAAACUAUUUCGAGCAAACUGAUGGUCUGGUAUGGGUAGUUGACAGUUCAGAUCUUAGAAGGUUAGAAGACUGCAAAGCGGAACUCGACAAUCUUCUGAAGGAGGAGAGGCUUUCUGGAUCAUCCUUGUUGAUACUAGCAAAUAAGCAGGACAUAAAAGGUGCCCUUACUCCGGAAGAAAUUGCCAAGGUUUUGAACUUGGAGGCUAUGGAUAAAACUCGGCACUGGCAAAUUGUCGGCUGCAGUGCAUUCACCGGUGAGGGACUGCUUGAGGGAUUCGAUUGGUUGGUCCAAGACAUUGCCUCUCGGAUCUAUGUUCUUGAUUAGUGCCAAUUUUAUGUCACUGGAAGGUAAUGGGGAUCACAAUCCAUGGAUUGGCAGAAUAUGUUUCUUCAAUUUGUUGUAGCAACGGAAGAACCCAAACGGAAUCUUGAAGUGAUCGGUAAGCAACAGCAAGACCGCGCUGUAAUGAAUGUCGCGAGACAAGCUAUGUUUACAUUUAUAUUAUGUUGUCGAUGUAUCGGCCUGUUUGUGAUUGUUUCUCACUAAGAGUUUUUAUGAGACGAUGUGUGUUUUAGUUAAUGAGACGAUGCUGUGUAGUAGUUCAAACGAGUGAUUAGCAUCGUAUUAACUUAUUAACCGUUUAGCGCUUGA